AAGAACUUCUCCCACCAUUUCUUCCCCAACGGGUAGGAGAGGUCCUACCCAAACCACCACCAUGUUGACUCUUUCUUCCACUACCCAAUGUCCAGAAUCAAUAUCGGUUACAAUAGUGUCUGCCUCUCCCACUACACCAUGUAUAGAAGUGGGUACAAGUCCUGAAGUUACUUCUACGCCCACCAUCCCAUUAUCAGUUCUUACCUCUACUACUGAGAAGGCCACCUCUCCCAGUUCCACCACCAUGACAACUGUGUUCCCUGCAAAAACGGACACUUCUACUUCCGUUUUCAAAACUGACCCCACCAACAUGACUGAUGCACCUAGUUCUAUCAGCACUGGAACCAUCCCCAUUAACACGGAUUUCACGAGCACACAAAGACCCACCAGUGGCACCUGGAUCAGCACCAACUUUGUAACUACCCCACGUGUGCCCGGCUCCACUAGCCUCCCAGUGACCAUGAAACCAAGUAGCAGCUUUUCAACUGCUAUGAUGACUUCAAGCAAGCUGACACGCCCCACCCCAACCAUCACCAGCACUCCAGGGAUACCGGCGGCUACCACCAAGACUCUCUCCACACUUCCGUCACCCAGGACAACUUCGACCAUGACUCAGAUGACUACACAGUCUAGGUUGACCACCACCCCAGGUCAAUCCUGUCCUGAACUUCCUGUUUUCCUGUGCUACCCAGGCACUUGUGACAAUGGUGGCACCUGGACGCAGAGCCACUGCUCCUGCCCCAAAACUUUCUAUGGCUCCCGCUGUGAGUUUGCUUUGGAACAGAUAGAUGUGGACAGAGUGGACACUGAAGUGGGCAUGGAGGUUUCUGUCAACAAGGACUUCUCCCCGGACCACAAUGACAACUCUUCUAAGGCCUACAGGAAUUUCACGGACACCUUCCGGGAUCAGAUGAAGAAGAUUUACCAAAAUGUGAAGGGGUUCAAGGAGGUGGUGAUCCUUUCUCUGAGGAAUGGCAGCAUUGUUGUGGACUAUGUGGUCCAGCUGGAGUUACCCUUCGGCCUCCAGCUGGAGAGCGAGUAUGAGAAGGUGAAAGUGGCCCUGAAGGAGGAGCUCCAGAAUGUCAGCCAGAAUGAGACCGGCUGCCAGAACGACCAGGUCUUGUGUUUUAAGCCUGAUUCCAUCAAGGUGAACAACAGCACCAGGACGGAGCUGUCCCCGGAAGCCAUCUGUCGCCACGCUGCUGCCGUGGGCUACGAGGAUUUCUACUUCCCCUUGCUGAAGGGGAACAAGCUCCGCUGUGUCACCAAAUGCGCGGCGGGCGUGGACGGCGCCCUCGACUGUCGUCAGGGCCAGUGCGUUCUGCAGAGGAGCGGUCCUUCUUGCCGCUGCUUCUCCACGGACACGCACUGGUUCUCGGGCCCGCGCUGCGAGGUGGCCGUCUCCUGGAAGGCGCUUGUCGGAGGCCUGGCGGGGACCGCGGCGCUGCUGCUGCUGCUGCUGCUGGUGGCGCUGAGCGUCUUCGUCGCGCGCUGGUGGAGGAGGGGCGGCCAAGGCGGAGGCCUGUCCUGGGACGACAGGAAGUGGUUCGAGACCAGUGAUGAGAACACCGUGGGGACUUUUUCUAACUCGGGCUUCGAGGAUGACAGAACAAGUAAAGAUGAAAACUUCUAUGUGGCCUUGGAGAACAUGGACACUAAUAUGACGUUGCACUUCUGCAAGCCUGAGGUGACCUUGACCUCACUGUGAGCCCCACACGGCCUUCUCCACGCUGCCCGGACAGUGGAGGGAACCAUCUGCGUUGCCUUUGAAGAGAUGGCCGUGGACUCCUGAGGCUCAGUCUCCUGGUUUCCUUGGGCAGCAUCAGACUUCCCCCUGACCCCUAUCCUUCUCCCGACUUGUGGGAAACCCACCUGGAGACCCAGUUCAAAUCCAGGCUCUUCCACUGUGGGACCUUGGGCAAGUCAGUCACUUCUCUGAACCUCAGUUUUGUCACCUGUAAAAUGAGUGUGGCCCACUCGUCCUGAUACCUUGAGGGAUUAUUGUGAAAACCAGAUGUACUUGGUCAGACCUCUGUCCCAAUGCACCUUCCUGUGUCGGCCCUCGUGCUUAUAUGGCUUCUCUGAGAUCCGCAAUCCCCAUAUCCUUCCCCAGGGCUCAGGCCUCCAUUUCUCCUUUUCCUGUGUGCAUCCCUACUGCCGGGUCCUCACCGUGUACAUGUAACCAGCCUGCAGCCUGCCCCAUCCUCCUACCCUCUCCUUAUAUAACUCCCCGCUGCACCCCUUGCCCCCAUCCCUUAAACUUUCUCCCCUCUGAACCCACUUCUUAAGUCACUCCUCCCCCACACCCCAGCGCCCAGCCCUGCAUCUCCCCCAGUUUCCGUGCUUUCCCCUUCCCCAUCCUUGUACCCUCAGCCCUAAAUACCCCCCUGCCCCCCCCGCAUCUCAGUGCCCCAGUCCUAAAUCCCCCCUCCUCCUCACCCCCCAUCCCUAGCUAGGUACAGAUGCCCUCUGCAUCUUAGGACCCCCAGGUGGUGCUCCCUAGGCCAGGUCCCCCAUUCUGAGGCUCCAUUCUUCCUGUCACCCCCAAGGCCCUGGAUCCCGGUGGGUGGGAGUGGGAGGUAGGUUUCCCCAGGUCCCUGAGGACGAGAGGAAGUGGGGUCCUGAGGCGGGAAAGCUCCUCCAGCGCCUCCUCCUCAUUCCCCUGACUCUCCCUCCCCUCCCUCAGUGCUUCCCCCCCGUUCCUACCCCCUUCCCCGCCCCUUCCUCCCUUCCUCUCCCUGGUCUCACCCCCAUCCCUGCAAUAACCUCUGAAGACAGAAGCCCCCAGCCUCCUUUGCAGGAAGACCUCACUCACCUGGGGACGGGAAGUCUACAAGUCUCCAGUUCUCCCAGCUGAA